AAAUUAUUCAACACAGAAACUGGAGAAAUCAACUGGACUUUGGAUAUUGUUUCACCUGUACAUUUUCCUGAGUGGAGAGAAAGGCAGCAUUUUGAAACAUGAAGACUAUGAUUCUACUGCUUUAUCUUCUAGGAUCAACUCAGUCAUUACCAACACAGCUCAACCCUGCUUUGGGACUUCCAACAAAACUGGCUCUAGAUCAGGCAACUCUUCUAAACCAACAUCAGCUAAAUCAGGUCUUCCCCUCUUUAAGUCUACUACCACUGACACAGAUGAUCACACUGGGCGCAGAUCUGCAGCUGCUAAAUCCUCCUGCAGGGCUGGCGCCUGGUACCCAGACCCUCCCACUGACCCUGGGGGGAUUGAAUACACAACAGCCACUGCAAGCCCAAAUGUUGCCAGUUAUUGUAGCACACCUUGGAGCCCAGGGUACCAUCCUAAGCUCAGAAGAAUUGCCAAUGGCCCCACAAAUCUUCACUGGCCUCAUUUUCCAGCCCCUGUUCCCAGGAUCCAUCCUGCCCAACAGUCAAGCUAAUCCAGAUGCCCAGAAUGGAAUCCUUCCUGCAGGGCAAGCAGGAAUGAAUCCUGCCAUCCAGGGAACCUCAGAAGGCUUCUCUCCAACUCCUAGUGACACAGAUGAUGACUUUGAAGUGACGGCCCCUGCAGGCAUCCGAAGGGGCAUGCACACUACCCAGGAAACCACCACAGGGCUGCCAAAUGGAAAUCAGUAAGCUGUUUCAAUUUUUUUUCAACUAAGCCGCCUCAAAUGCAAAUCUUUUUCACUGAUCAUAUCAUGGAAUAGAUGGAGACACACUAGAGAGUAUCAGAAGAAACUCUUAGUUUACCUAACUUUCUUGAAGUUUCAGAAAAGAUAUUCUUCCUGGAGAAUAAUGACUUCUGAAAACAAAUGGAUAAAUUUGUCUUUGAAAUGUAACGUUAUGCCACCUUGGACUUGGAAAGUAUACGUAUUAAAUGUAUUUUGAAACUGAA